AUGCCGGUCAAUUCUCCUUACCCAGAUGUCGUUAUUCCAGAUUUGGAUCUAUGGGCCUUCAUCUUCGAUCGCAAAGACCGAGACUUUUCGGAUGAUCAAGUAAUCUAUCGAUCCUUCAACUCCGACAGGCACUACACCUUCAAGGACGUCAAGCAAGCCGCGACAGCGUUCGGUGAAGGUCUAUGCAACCUGUGGGACUGGCAACGGGGUGACGUGCUGAACAUCUAUGCACCGAAUGACAUCGAUGUCGCGCCCAUCGUCUUCGGAACGUUCUUCGCUGGUGGAAUUGUCUCACCGGCGAACCCAACGUACUCGGCUGCGGAGCUUGCUUUCCAAUUGGAAAACAGCGAGAGCAAAGCCAUUGUCACUACGAAAGCCUUUCUGAAAAAUGCGCUGGCUGCUGCCAAGAAGGCCAACAUCCCCGAGGACAGAAUUAUCCUCCUCGGGGAAGCGCGAGAUGACACGCACAGAGUCAAGCACUGGAGCAAUAUCCGCAAAACCUCGGGUGCUCUGCGGUACCGUCGACGCAAGAUGCAUCCUGACAAUGAUCUCGCAUUCUUGGUGUACUCGUCCGGCACCACUGGCUUACCGAAGGGUGUCCGUCUGAACCAUCGUAACAUUGUUGCCAACUUGUGUCAAAUCGCUGGUAGUGCCACCGGGAAGGAGCUCACGUCCAAGGACAAGCUCCUUGGAGUGCUCCCCUUCUUCCACAUCUACGGUCUGACGAUGCUCCUCCAUCAGGUCCUUCACCGAGGAAUCGAGCUCAUCGUGAUGCCUGGCUUUGAGUUGAAAGGUUUCCUGUCCACAAUUCAGAAGCACAAGAUCACCUUUAUCAACGUGGCGCCUCCGAUUCUUGUGCGCCUCGCUCGCGAUGAGAUCGUCUCGCAAUACGAUCUUUCCAGCAUCCGUAUGCUCACUUCUGGUGCAGCACCCUUGACAGACGAUCUCAUCAAACAGAUCAAGCAGCGCCUCAACAUUCGCGUGACACAAGCCUAUGGCCUGUCUGAAUGCUCUCCGGGCACACACGUACAACGCUGGGAGGAGUGGGAGUCGUCCAUCGGUAGCGUCGGUGUCCUGGUGCCCAACAUGGUCGCCAAGUUCAUGUCCCCCGAGGGCAAGGAACUACCUCCGGACCAGCCUGGAGAGCUGUGGGUGUCCGGACCGAACAUCUUCCAGGGCUACUGGAAGAACGACGCGGCGACGGCUGACUGUCUGACGGUCGUCGAUGGUGUGACAUAUUUCAAGACCGGCGACGUGGGCCGUCUGGAUACCGCACACAACUUCUUCAUCACCGACCGCGUCAAGGAAUUGAUCAAGUACAAGGGUUUCCAGGUCGCACCCGCCGAGCUCGAAGGCAAAUUGAUGGCGCACCCGCUCAUCAACGACGUCGCCGUCAUCGGCGUCCAGGACCGCCGCAACCACACCGAGAUGCCCCGGGCAUACAUCGUGCACGCGCGCCUGGGCGGCAAGGCCGGCGAUACCGAGACCGGGUUCCCCGCUGGCGAAGAGGCGAAGCGGGAUGCGGAUGCUAUCACCAAGUGGUUGAGCGAACAGGUCGCCGACCACAAGAAGCUGCGAGGCGGCAUCCGAUUUAUCCCGGAGAUUCCCAAGAGCGGGACCGGCAAGAUCCUACGACGAGUGCUCAAGGACCGCGUGAAGGCAGAGGAAGCGGCUGAGGAGAACAAGGCGAAGCUUUGA